UGGUGGGGGCACCGCAGAGGCACCGAAUGGUUUUGAGUACAGGCAGGACUAAAGAACCUCCUCACAUCGCACACCGGUUUUUCCCGAAGGUCUCGGACUACGCUAUCGCCAGCUCUAAAGAACCUGUAACCUGCGCUGGCGAGUUCAGCCACCCACUUUGUGCGUGUGACUGGCACAGAACACCAGCCACCCCGGGCUGUUUUCAGCACACCCUCCUCCUGCGCGGGUGCCGCAGCUGGAGGGAGCGCAGGCUGCGCCGCGCAACGGUCACCCCUGGCGAGCCCUCUGCGCCCCGCCUCUGCCGCGCACCCUUUCCAGAAAACCUGCGGUCCCCUCCCGGUUCCAGCACACCAGGGCUCCCGGUUCCUGCCGCCCGCCGCUCCCGCACCAGGGUCCUCACUUCCCAGCCCCCUGGAGCUCCAAGUCCCCCAGCGUACAGUGGUCCGCACCCCAGGCGGCGCCGCUGCCCGCUUGGCCACUUCGAAGACUACGGAUCCAUCGCUGGCCACAAGGUAGCCCGGGGCAGCCAAAGUAGCGACCCGUACAGGGGCGAAGCGGAGCCCCUUUUCCACGUCCCCAGGUGUGCACCUGUCUGCAGAGCUCGGUCCAAGAACUACCCGGAGACGAGGGGGUCCGGGUCGCAUCGGGGGUCCCCCUGCUGGCGAGCGCUUGCUGACUUGUCCGGCUGGCUUGUCCGGCUCUCGGUCGCCGGUCUGCCGCCUCUGCUGUCCCUCCGAGCCCCACCCAGCUCUCCUCUGAGGGAACCAACCGCGAGCCAGGCCCGCUAGCCUCCAGCUGGAAGCGCAUAAAAUCCUUGCCAGUGACAGCGCCCGAGCGGCUUGGCUGGGGCUCCUGUCCUGAGGGCGACACCGAUGUCUCUGGGCUGCGCUUUCAAGCAGGCUCCAGGAACUCUGCUCUCCCCGAAAAGUUGAGAGGAAGUGAAUUUGGGGUGGUUUUGGAAGAAGGGGCAGUUAUCCUAGCUUUCUGGCUUCUAGAAGCGGUGCACUGUACAAGUGUCCUCUGACACCCUGUCCCUUUGGGCUCUCCUCUUCUCUCCUAGGCUUGCUCCUCUGUCCUCCCUAGAAUUUGGAAUCUCAGCUCCAUUUUCUUCCUCCUUGUCUCAUUGUCUCCUCUCAUCUCUGUCCCUUUCCAGAAGAAAACAGUUUCCACCUGUUUUCAAGCUUUUUUCUCUCAUGGUCAGCUUUCUGUCCACAUAGGGCCUUUCUUUCGUCACACCAUUUUAUCCAUCAAACCCUGCACUUGCAUCCACAUCCUCCCUCUAUUCUUCUUUCUCUCCUUCCCUCUGAGCAAACCUUGACCAUGGAUUCUGAGCCUUCUUGGGCUGCCAUCCCUAGCCCACAGGGCACCUUCUCUGCCCUCAAUGCCACCACACCCUGGCUCGGCCGGGAUGAAGAGCUGGCCAAAGUGGAAAUUGGCAUACUGGCCACUGUUCUGGUGCUGGCCUCAGGGGGCAACCUGGCCAUGCUGCUGAUCCUGGGCCUGCUGGGCAGAAAGCGCUCACGCAUGCACCUGUUCAUGCUGCACCUGGCACUGACUGACCUGGGUGUGGCGCUCUUCCAGGUGCUACCUCAGCUGCUCUGGGACAUCACCUACCGUUUCCAGGGCCCUGACCUCCUCUGCCGGGCCAUCAAAUACUUGCAAGUGCUCAGCAUGUUUGCCUCCACCUACAUGCUCCUGGCCAUGACCCUGGACCGAUACUUGGCCGUCUGCCACCCCCUGCGCAACCUCCAGCAGCCCAGCCAGUCUACCUACCUGCUCAUCGCUGCUCCGUGGCUGCUGGCUGCCGUCCUCAGCCUUCCUCAGGUCUUCAUUUUUUCCUUGCAGGAAGUGAUCCAGGGCUCGGGGGUGCUCGACUGCUGGGCUGACUUCCGCUUUCCCUGGGGGCCACAGGCCUACAUCACCUGGACUACCAUGGCCAUGUUUGUCCUGCCUGUGGCCACACUCACAGCUUUCUACAGCCUUAUCUGCCAUGAGAUCUGUAAAAACCUGAAAGUCAAGACAAAGGCCAGGAGAGUAGAAAGAAGUGAUUGGAGGACUUGGGACAAGCUCUUACCUUCUGCCCCAGCUGCAGCUACUCAGGGGCUGCCAUCCCAUGUCAGCAGCAUCAGCACCAUCUCUCGGGCCAAGAUCCGAACCGUGAAGAUGACUUUUGUCAUUGUGCUGACCUACAUCGCUUGCUGGGCACCCUUCUUUAGUGUCCAGAUGUGGUCUGUGUGGGAUGAGAAUGCCCCGGAUGAAGAUUCCACCAACGUGGCUUUCACCAUCACCAUGCUUCUGGGCAACCUCAGCAGCUGCUGUAACCCCUGGAUCUACAUGGGGUUCAACAGCCACCUGUUGCCAUGGUCCUUGCAUCAGCUGGCCUGCUGCAGAAGGGCCCGGCCCCGGCUGCACAGAGAGCUCUCCAAUGGCAGUCUGUCCAGCCGCCGCACCACACUGCUGACCCGCUCCAGCUGCCCACCCAAUUUCAGCCUCAGUCUCAGCCUGGGCGGGAAGCCAGGGCCUGCAGGAUCACUGAAGGACUUAGAACAGGAAGAGGGUGAAGCCACCACUGAGACCAGCAUGCUUUAGAGAGGGCUCCCUGCAGUCCGGGUCACCCGAUGGUGAGAGGAGGUCUCUGUCCAUCCUGGGCAUCGGUGUGAGGACUUGGAGGUCGGUACUGGCCUCAGAGGAGCCUGGUUUGAAAAGGGAGAAAGGGACACAGUGGUUGUCCUUACCUUUAGUGCCAUAAUUAGUCCUAGUGUGAAGACUGCAAGCCAGGGGACUCCAACUGCUCUUUCCCCUGGAGCUACUACAGGGAAAGCCGCCCUUGAGAAGGAGAGGCAUGAGCUUAGCUUUGGGUGUCCCUAAGGCUCUGUGGAAUCUCCACUGUGAAUCAGAUGGGCCCUGGCACUGGGGUAGGAGCUCAGGAUUGCACUUUACCUCUCCUUUUAUAGGGGCUGCCCUUGCACCUUUUCAGGAACUGGUUCUGUCCUAUGCUAUGUCCAAAGGAGAGCAACCAGACACUGGGCUUCCCAGCCUCAGGAGCUCAUUCUGGGAAAUUCCUGAAGGAAUGCUGAUCUUGUUCGGAUCUAUGGAUGACAGCCCUUGCAGCACUGUAGGAAGCUCUUGUGGACAUGCUGGGCUAAUGGGAAAGCCUUAGAUGGGGACAGGCCCCUUGAAAAGCCAGAGGCAGCUUUGUGCUCCCAGUGGCUGGUCCCAUUUCUGACAACUAACCCCAACAGGACCAAACAAAGGUAUCUCUGGGCAGGGCACUUGGAAAAGAUGCUUGUGUCAUCCGUAGAGUAUGCAGGUUAUUUCUUAAAACCCACACAGGAGCAGGAAGAGGGGGGGCAGGGAGGGCAGAGAGGAUAGUGAGUGAGGGCUGGGGUUCACCAGCUGAAUACGGGGAUUCUUCAGAAUGGCUCUUUGUGUUGUUUGGUAUAGGCCAGCAAUUUCCCAGAAGGCUCUGUUGUGUUUUGUAUGUAAAUAGGUGUUUUCUCUGUCAAGGGACUGUAGAUUUAGCGCACACUGCAGCAGUUUGCUCCUGGGUCUGGAAUCCAGACAUGUGGUUAAAAUUGAUCAAUAAAGUUCUUUAACAUCCAAAGAA